AUGCGAACUCGAUCGAGCUCCUCCAAAGAAGACUUGGUCGAGUUAGUUAUCAGCAAAAGGCAGAGAAAGAAGACUCAGAGGCAACAAGCAGAACCAGAGGUGGUUAUUACUGAUACAAUGAACGAUCCAGAGGGUAAUGGAAACCCUUUGGGUAAUGGACUCGGUCGAGCUAGGCAGACUCGACCGAUUUGGCUUAGAGAUGCACCAAACCGCCACCAACAAAGACAAGGGAUUUUCCCACCACCUGUCCAGAACCACAACUUUGAGAUCAAGUUGGGGAUGAUCAACCUAGUGCAGAACAAGAUGUUCCAUGGACUAUCAAGUGAAGACCGAAUUGAUCACUUGGAUGAGUUUGAUAGGUUGUGCGAUUUGACAAAGAUCAAUGGUGUCUCUGAAGAUGCCAUAAAGCUGAGACUCUUCCCUAUGUCUCUCUUUUUUUUUUUUGAUAACUCUGGUAUCCGGGCAGCCACAUUUCCGACUAUCCCCACAAGUGGGGUCCAGCGCCCCAACGGAAGGGAUGUUAAAUCCGUUGUGGCCGGGACUCGAACCCAGGUGGCGGGUACCUCAGCUGGGGGUCCUUUACCACCGGGACACAAGCCCCGGUUCUUCCCUAUGUCUCUUGCUGACAAGGCUCACCAAUCGGAGAAGAGCCUACCCCAUGGUACCAUAACCACUUGGAAUGAGUGCAAGAAGGCAGCAUUUCUUGCUAAAUUCUUUUCAACCAAUCGCACAACCGAGCUAAGGAGCGAGAUUUCAGGCUUCACUCGGACGAACAAUGAGACUUUUGUUCAGGCUUGGGAAGAUUCAAGGUAUAGAGAGAUGUUAGACACAGCCAGCAAUGGAAAUUUCCUUCAUCAAGAUGUAGAUGACGGUUGGCAGCUUGUGGAGAACAUUGUCAACUCAAAUGGAAGCUAUGGAGAGGAGUAUGAUCGAACAGACUGGAGCUCGACCGAGAACUCAAUCGAGUCGGAUGCACUGCUGCGCAAAGAUAUGCAUGCUCUAAAUUCCAAGUUAGACAAACUGAUCCUAGCUCAAUUCACUGUGAAGCAUGUCAACUCUGUCUCUGGUAAAGCCCUAGUUCAAGACCAGGAAGGGGAAGAUACACAAUUUUCUGAAAUUUGUUACAUGAACAAUCGACAAGGUGGAUAUAGGAUGGCCUACUCUGGUUACCAAUCUGGCUAUGGCUAG